AUGUCCCAGACUUCGACGACGAUAGUGACGGCAUCAGUCGCCGCCGCCGUUACCGGCUUGGUUGCGUACGCCGCCUUCUUCGACUAUCAGCGACGCAACAAGGCCGAGUUCCGGAGAGAACUGCGCCGAAACGAGCGCCGGCAGCACAAGGUUGAGAAGGAGUCGGCCCAGCAGGAGACCGUCCGCCAGAGGCAAGCCAUCAAGGAGGCCGUCGAUGAGGCCAAGGAGGAGGGCUUCCCUACCGAUGUCGAGCAGAAGGAGGCAUACUUCCUUCAACAGGUUUCCGAGGGAGAGACCCUCUCCGCAGACCCCACGCGCGCCGUUGAAGCCGCGCUUGCGUUCUACAAGGGCCUCAAGGUCUACCCUACACCCGGUGACCUGAUCGGCAUCUACGACAAGACUGUUCCCAAGCCCGUUCUUGACGUCCUCGCCGAGAUGAUCGCUUACGACUCCUCUCUCAACAUCGGCCAGUACCAGGGUGGCAUCAACGCUGACCUUGGCGGCAUGCCCACCGUCGGUCUGGACUAA